GCACGUCGACUAAAAGCCCUCCGACGUCAAAGCAAGCGGCGCUGGCUGCGUGCGCGGUCACGUCAAACGCCGUCUUCCCUCUGACGUCACCGCCUCCUGAUCAGCCGAAAUCCCUGAUAACGCGGCGCGCGCUCCCGCUCGGCUCUGAAUGGGGGCUCGGUCCAGCCGGUGACAGCUCGUCCAGUCCGUCUAAUCCACGGUCCGCCGCUCCGACACCACCGGCCGUCCUCGGGCCCCGCUCCUCCGGUUCUACACAGGUAUUCAGGAAUGAGAAAUGAUGGCCGGCGCUGCAGCAGAGGAGAAAACCUUCCGCCGGUUCCUGGAGCUGUUUGUCCGGGAGAUGAAGCUGCCUCUGCAGGAGGGCGACCCGGUGCCGAUGCGCCCCUUGUCGGACCUGGUGACGGAGGACGAGGUGGAGGGGGAAUGCCUGGACCUGUGCCUGCAGCACCUCUACAAAUAUAACUGCCCCUGCUCGCUGGCGGCCGCUCUGGCCCGCGCCACCGCAGACAGCCUGCUCCAGUCCGAUCUGUCCAUCCAGAACCUCAACAAGGCCGUGGAAGACGGCGCCGAUCCGUUGCCACAGAUGGAGUCGGUGAAGAUGGCGCGGUUGGUGUUUAACAGACUGUUUGAGAUUUGCUGCCUGUGGCAGAAGGAGCUGCCGUUCCGCCGCCGCCCGCAGCCGUACUAYGAAACGUCCAUCCACGCCAUCAAGAACAUGAGGCGCAAGAUGGAGGAUAAGCACAUCAUCAUCCCCGACUUCAACACCCUCUUCAACAUUCAGGAUCAGGAGGAGCAGGCGUUCUUUGCUGUGUUUGACGGACACGGCGGCGUUGAUGCAGCUAUUUAUGCUGCCAACCACCUUCAUGUCAACCUGUUCCACCAGGAAUCCUUCAGCCAGGAUCCCAACGACGCUCUGUGCCGAGCCUUCAAGCUGACGGACGAGCGCUUCGUGAAGAAAGCUUCACGAGAGCACCUGCGCUGUGGAACCACCGGGGUGGUGACGUUCCUGCGGGGCCGGACGCUGCAUGUCGCCUGGCUGGGAGACUCCCAGGUGAUCCUGGUGCGGAGAGGGCAGGUGGUGGAGCUGAUGAAGCCACACAAACCAGACAGAGAGGACGAGAAGCAGAGGAUCGAGGCUUUGGGAGGAUGUGUGAUUUGGUUUGGCACAUGGAGGGUCAACGGGAGUCUGUCCGUAUCCAGAGCAAUAGGCGACUCGGAGCACAAGCCGUACAUCUGUGGGGACGCGGACCACGGCAUCUUCCCAUUGGACGGCUCAGAGGACUACCUGAUCCUGGCCUGCGACGGGUUCUGGGACACGGUGAGUCCCGACGAGGCGGUGCGCGUCGUCAGCGACCAUCUGCAGGAGAACGCCGGUGACACCACCAUGGUGGCCCACAAGCUGGUGGCCUCGGCCCGAGACGCAGGCUCCAGCGACAACAUAACGGUCAUAGUGGUGUUCCUGCGCGACCCGCGCUCCCCGCCGCCCACCAGCACCGAGGACGAAGAGGAGGGCGGGACGGAGGAGCCGGUGGAGGAGGAGGAGGCCGCCGAGGUGGUGGAGGAGGAGCAGGAAGAAGARGAGGAAGAAGAUGAAGCAAUGAGAGUAGAGCGAGACGGAGGCGAGGGAGGCAGCGCCGCGGACGUGGGAGGAAAAAGCCGCGGCGGCUGGCCGCUGCAGCAGUGCUCGGCUCCAGCGGACCUCGCCUAUGAAGACCGGACGGACUCAUUCACGGACAGAACCAGCCUCAGCUUGUUGGGGCCGUCACUGGAGAGCCACAUCAGCCCCAGCAGCUACCGGGGACCGCGCCCUCUGAGACGCAGGCCGCGCUUCCUGUUCCAGCAGCCCGGCGCCGCCGGCUUCACGGACCCACUGUGGCCCCAAAUGGCCGCGCUUUUAGGCCCCGCCUGCGGCUUCGCCUGGAGGCGGGGCCACGUCGGCCGCCGAUCGGGUCGGAGGUGGCCGAGCAGGUCCAAAGAGCUGCUGGGUCUGAUACCGUCGGGCCACACGCAGAGUUACGCCCCCUGGAGGCCUGGAGUGGCAGUGCCUCACCUGCCCUAUGACGCUGCCAUCUKAAGGGAGGCGGCGCUCUCUGCUGACUCCUAGUGGCGUUUCUGAGUAACGCCGUCUCUCAAGAGCAAGCACUGAUUGGCUAAUCCCACUGCAGAAAUGUGUCCAAAAUCAUCAUCAUUAUGAAAAAGUUGAGCAACAAAAUAAGAAGCUGAGAGUUCAACUUCUUUUCAGAAUAAAAGAAGUUUAUUCUAACUCUAACCCUACAUCAUGUAUUUUUAAAAUAUUUUUGUUUUUAACUAUUUGUCUUAGUCUCAUUAUUUCAGGAACCAAAUCGGAUUUUGUUUUAAAGUAUCAACAUUCAUCCCUUCCUACUUAUAAAUGUCUGAAAAAAAGCUACUGUUUGCUACUAAAACAGAUGCUCUUAUUUUGAAAUGUAAGCAGACUUUCUCUGUUAAAGGCACUAUGUAGACCAACUAAUGGCGCUAAUGCUAACACAAAAUGUCCGCCGUUAUCCUAUCGAAGUGCUUAAACUGUAACUAAUCCCAAAGUUUGUUCUGGGUUACAACAGCAAGUCUGUGUAACUAAGAAAAUAAAGGACAGCUUGAUGCCAAAGACGUCAGCUAGUGAUAUUUAAAAAGUAACAUGUAGUCACAGAUGUUAAUUUGGUCCAAUCAGGUGUGGCUCUUGAGAAACACGUUGCUAUGGAAACGCUGCUUCCUUCACCUGCAGAGCCUCCCGUCUGUCUGAAGGUUCAGCCAAAACAAACCGUUUUGUGGUUCUUCACUUCUCCCCUUUGCCUUCAACCACAUAUUUCUUUGAUAGUAAGUAGUCGUGGCUCCUGCAGUCGUUAUGUGAUAAUCAGUCGAUGUUAGAGGACCGGUACUCUGUCCAAAGUUGAAACAUUUCUCACUGUAAGCCGAACACAAGCCUGCUGCCGCUUUAGACCCAAACAUCCUGUCUGUGGCCACUGGUCAGCCGGUAUGAAGCCAGAGCUCCAAAUGCUGGACAGUCGGAUGUAUUCACAGGUUGAAUGUGACGUAAAUGUGUAGAACUACCUGCAUGUGGAGCAGAGCGGCUACUGCAGACAACACAAAUAAAGUCGGAGCUGUCUCACUUCAGGAAAACUCCAACACCUGUUACUAGUUUAGUUAGAGCUYAGUUCUGUUUGGGCUGUGAAAGCCUCAAGUGAUUAAAAAUAUAAACUUCCAUUCAUUUAUUUCUGUGCCUCUGUAGAGAGAAGUGAUUUAUUUUGAAAGCAGCUGAUAUGAACUCAUUUAGUUUGGCAUUCAGAAAUGUAAUAAUUUAGUGUAUUUCAUCACACUCACGUUUUUAAAGACCUACAUGUUGUAACCAUGGCGACUACUUUUUCAUUGUUGACACUUUCACAAAAACAAAACAUAUCCAGGAAGUAUUCGCAUGUCUACGUGUUGCAGGGAGAAACUUUCCUCGGUCCGAAGACCCGUCAAAAUGAGAAAUAUUCCUCAUUUUAGCAAGAUUAGAAAAAAACAAAAACCUCAUAUUUAUACCUCAUAAAACCAAAAUCUGUUCUCUUAAAUAGACGGUUGUUACAGUAAAACAGUGAAAAUCUAUUCAGAUUUUUAGAUGUUGCCUGGAGGAAACGUGGUUAGUGUCUUUUUAACAAGUCGUAUCGGUCAGAGGAGUAAAUUUUUAUGUUUUUUUACAAUCAUGCAAAUGUCAACAUCGGACAAAACGAGUCUGGAUUCGCUUCUAUCCAGAAACGUGCAUAAUUAACAUUUUCUCUUUUGCAAGAUUUUAAAACUUUGCUCAAAAUUAGCUUGACGAUUGGAUGAAAACAUCCAAUCUGCACUUUGACCUGAAGCGUAACUAACCCACUCCCAGAGCUAAGCCCCGCCCCCGGCCAGAAAAGUGGGCGGAGCCAAGAGACACGUGAGGGGGAGGGGCUGCGAUCGAACGCAACAAUCACUGCUGUCAACUUGUCCACUUUGUCGCUAAAUUUAUCCGUUUUUCAGACGACUGACUKUUUUCAAAAAUAGCGAGUGAUAAAUCCAGCAACUUUUUCUGUGUUGGAGAUUUUAAUGGCAACAGUCCUGAGCCGCCAUUAGCUGGUGUUAGCUGCCAUUAGCCGCUAUUAGCUGGUGUUAGCUGCCAUUAGCCGCCAUUAGCUGGUGUUAGCUGCCAUUAGCCGCUAUUAGCUGGUGUUAGCUGCCAUUAGCUUCUCCUUCUUCCUCAGCACCGCAGCCAGUCUGAGUCGUUAGCCGUUCCAAUCUGUCAAUAUUGCAAAUAAAUCAUACAUUUGUAAAGCUGAGUAUCAACCAAUGGUCACCAGUAGCCAUGGCAACGCUCGCCACUCCAGCUCCUGACCCGUCCGGGGAGGAAGUGCUGUGCUUUUAUACAGGAAAUGAUGACGUUUUACUAAGCUGCUGCAACCAAAAGAAAAAUUCAACGUCAGUGUUUGAGCCGARUAAAUCCAGACUAGAAGAAAAAGUCAUAAUAAUCUAUUUAUCAAAGAAAAAGUCGACUUGGGCGAGUUUCACUUUCUGCACUUUAGCUCAACUUUGAGUCCAAUAGUGUAUGAAUACUUAUGAUGUUUAAUUUGCACAGCAGAAUCCUAGGGCCACACUAAGAAAAUAAAAAUAAUACUAGAAUGAUGUCAGAGUAUUGCAUCAUACUAUGACUUUAUUCUGGUUUGAUUAUUUAAAAAAACGUUGUUUUCUUGUCACUCUUACUGUCAAUUUAUCCUUGUAUUAUUUUGACUCUAUUCUUGGGAUUUUCUAGUUUAUUCCUGUAAUUUUAUCUUUUUUAUUUUAUUAGUAUGUCCCAAAUGCUUGGUAGGAAAAUGUUUUUAUAAAUGUCUGAAUAUAUUUUUCCUAAUGGAACUAAAACUAAAAUGGAUUUUAGAUCCAUUUUUUUUUCUUUAAAUAGGUUUUAGAAAAMGUUUCCAAGUUAAAAACCGUGGAGAACGUGACGAGGUGUGAAUAACGUCUCCUUUACAUUAUAAUUCAUAUUUUCCUUCAUUGCCACUAAAAGAAAUUGGACCAAAUCUUUCUGUCCAUCCUGGAAAGAUAAACAUUCUGUGAUUUUGCUGCUUUCUUAUGAAUACAGAGUGUAAAAUAUCCUGUUUCUGUGAGAUAGAUGCUAAAUGAGCGCUAAUGGCUGAUCCUGCUUCUCUCUGGAUGAUUUGCUUUCAGAUGAGGCUGCAGACGCUGUUCUGCCGCACCAUUCAGUCAGUGACCCAGCAAUUAUCCUGCAACAAUUUGUCUACCCUUAAAAGCAUUAACUGUCGGAUUAUGAAAGAUUAGAUUUCACUUACCUGAAUAAAUGCCUCAUGCAGCCCAGAUGGGACGUCCUCCUGGGUUAAUGGGCUUUUAGGAGGAAGGAUAUUGACAUAUAUAUUUUUAUUAGUCUCAUAGUUUUACCUAUUUGCUUUAACUAAAACCUCAGAGAUAUUCUUGAAAAGCUUGAUAAAAUUAGCAUUAAUAUUGGUAGGAAAGUUGCAUACUUUCCUCAAUCUGGAUUAUUUAUUGCAUGAUUAAUGAAUAUAAAAGAAAAGUGCUGGGAAGUUUGACAGGAGUUUAAUAACUAAGGAAAUUUAAAUCCACCCUGAUAAAUAUGAAAGUUUAAGCUGCAGCUGUUUAGUUUAGCUCAGUCAUAAAACCCAUUUCUGUUGAAGUGAAUAUUGUGGCAACAUCAAGCUUGUCCAUCAUAAUGACAUUUAAAAAAGGGAUUUUCUUGUAACUUAGUUAAAAUGAAUGAUGGUGAAUCAUGUAAACAGAACCUGCAUGAGAUUCAUAAAGUGUUGGAUUUAAAGUGCAUCAAUGCAGGAAAAGUUUCCGUCUGAAGCCCAAAAGGCUCCAGACGUCUSAGCUGGACGGGUCUCUGAUGUUUGGGCCGAGACGUCCCUCACUGCAGCUCAUCCAUAUUUAGACCAGUUAUCAGUUUUCCAUCAGGCUGCACAAAACUAAAUAUGCUACCAUAACAAUGUCUGCAAAUGCUGAAAGAAAAUCUUUAGCAUAAAUGUUCAAAGAAUUAAACUGUAGCCACUUUUUGAGAUGUUUUUCACGUUAAAAAUCAAAAAGUGCUGAAUGAACCAUCAGACUAACCAUAAAAACAGGAAGAAAUAUGAGAAAAUCAAUUAGCUUUUUAUUUGUAAACUAUUUACAUGUUAAAUGUUGCAGUUKUUGAUAACAUUGUCGAUCUAUUUAGGCUUAAAGAGUUUAACAGGCAUUUCUGUCAAAUGAUAAUUUAGUUUGAAAUGGAAACGAUUGUUGGCAGGACUGUCUUCCAUCUGAUGUAACAAAAAUAAUUUAUUCUAAAUAAAAGAAGUUUAUCAUAUAUUGUUUAUAGCAAAACUUAAAAUAACACUUAUCAGAUGCUAAUCAGGUAAAGCUAAUAAAGAAAUGCUACCAAUGUAAUAAAGGGAUUACAUUUCAUUUUGACCUGGAUUUGUUUUAAAAAUCUGUGCUUUAAAAAUUAUUCAUACAUAAAUGUACCAAACGCACUUUAUAUCACACAUAAAAUUAGUAAAUAUAUACUGUAUUAAUAACCCUAAAUCAGGAGAACAGAGUUUAGAACCUUUUUUCUUUGAAACCAUUUCAGUCAUUUAUUGAGCUCAAGUUUCCAAAGACGAGGUACAAAAAUAACAUUUUAUUGGCACAUUGGGGGACGUUAAAGUAGAAGUAGGGAUAYUUUCUGUGUCGUAUUAUUGCUGUUAUUCACUGUUUGGUUAUAUUUAGACAGAGUUUAUUUAUUCUGUUUUAUUUGAAAGCCAAACCAACAUAAAAAGGGUUAAACCUUUAAAACUAAUAUACAUAAAYAUGACUCRUGUGUUACGACCAGUCUUCAGGUCGCAGCAUGAAGGAUCCGUCCUCCUCCGAUCUCAACAUCCGACACACACAAAAUUCAACAGUUGAUAAUGAUUUAUUUUUAAAAAGAUAUAUUUUUUGGAUCAAGAUGUUACAACUGGAGUACUUGGCUUCAGAGUGAGCUAUCGCCGAAAACAACAAACAAAAGGAAACUAUCUAAAUAGUAACAGAAGCUUACCUAAUCAACAGUAAAUAAACCAAAGUACAAAAAAAACUUACCUUCCUAACCUAAGAAAAACCUGAGAAAACUAAGGAAACAUAAACGGCAGCUCACUCCUCCACUCCAGAACYCYAACACAGGUAAAGGAAAAGGCUGUGGCCGGUGGAGAUGGAACACAGGAAGUCAGCAUCUUUUAUGUCCGUUCCCUCCGAAAAGCAGCCAAUGGGACGUCUCCGUCGUCUUCUUGGAAUCAAUCAAUCAAUCAGGGACGGGCACCUGCCGACUCAUCAUUUAUAAUCAACUGUACGCCGUCACACAUGUCAAAAUGCAUCACUGUCAUUUCAAGUGGUUAAAGGGACCAAGUUGGCAAAUGUUGAAAUAUAAAGUGAAAGCUGUCAACACAUUUAUAUGUUAUUACUCAGAAAGCCGUUUUAUUUUAAAAUACAUUCCUUUCACUUUUUUCCAAGCAUUUUGAGGUGAGAAGGAAAACAAGGAGAUUUUUUUGUUUCUCCUUCUAUUCACAUUUUCAGCAAAUUGGCUGUUUUCAGAUGAACUAUUGACAUUAUAACUAUAAUUUCCCUUCAUUUGAUGCCAAAUGUCUUAUCACCACAUCUGAACCUGAGACGGUUUAACUGCUGGGAAGAACUGGGUUAAAGCCACUGGUUCCACUGGCGAAGUGGUGAGAAAGCAAAGAAAAAGACAUUUGAGAAACGUCACAGUAUUUGUGUGUAAAGGCCUGAAGAAAGCAGGCAAACUGAUCUAUUCAUGUGUUUAUUCUGAGUCGUGGAUCUGGAGGACUAAAUAUAGAAACUUUAUUAUAAAUUAGUUUUAAUCCACAAGCCUCAGCAGCUGAGAGUUUCGGUCUGAAACAUUCACAUUUUAGCAGACAGAGAAACAGAGACGAGGUUUUUAUUGUCCAUCUGUCGUAGCUUAGCCGCUUCCUCACCCAGAUGUAAACAGUAAUAGAGAUAAAUAUGUUAUUUAAUAUCUUCAAUCAAAAUGUACAUAGUCCCAGUUCAAAUGAAAGGUAGCAAGAUGUCACUCCA